AUGGCUUCUGCAGCUGCCGAGAACGCUUCACCGAUUGGUAUUGCCAAUCUGCCCAACCAGCGACACAAGAUUGUCGCGAAGCGUGGCGCCGGCUUCACUAUUAUGGUUGCUGGCGAGUCUGGCCUGGGCAAGACUACCUUCAUCAACACUCUUUUCUCCACCACCAUCAAGAACUAUGCCGACCACAAGCGCCGUCACCAGAAGCAGGUUGAUAAGACCGUCGAGAUCGAGAUUACCAAGGCCGAGCUUGAGGAGAAGUUCUUCAAGGUCCGACUGACCGUUAUCGAUACACCCGGAUUCGGCGACUACGUUAACAACCGCGAUUCUUGGAUGCCCAUUAUCGAGUUCCUCGACGACCAGCACGAGUCUUACAUGCUUCAGGAGCAACAGCCUCGCCGCCAGGACAAGAUCGAUCUUCGUGUCCAUGCCUGCCUUUACUUCAUCCGCCCUACCGGCCACACCCUCAAGCCCCUCGAUAUUGAGGUCAUGAAGCGCCUCUGCUCGCGUGUCAACCUUAUCCCCGUUAUCGCCAAGGCCGAUACCCUCAGCCCCGCCGACCUGGCCAAGUUCAAGCAGCGUAUUGUCUCUGUCAUUGAAGCCCAGAACAUCAAGAUCUACCAGCCCCCGAUCGAGGAGGACGACGAGGCCGCUGCUCAGCAUGCCCGCAGCCUUAUGAACGCCAUGCCUUUCGCUGUUAUCGGCUCCGAGAAGGACGUCAAGACUGGUGAUGGCCGUAUUGUCAAGGGCCGACAGUACUCUUGGGGUGUUGCCGAGGUUGAGAAUGAGGACCACUGCGAUUUCAAGAAGCUCCGCUCUAUCCUGAUUCGAACACACAUGCUCGACCUUAUUCACACCACUGAGGAGUUGCACUAUGAGGCUUACCGCGCUCAGCAGAUGGAGACCCGCAAGUUCGGCGAGGCUCGUCCGCGAAAGCUCGACAACCCCAAGUUCAAGGAAGAGGAGGAGGCUCUCCGAAAGCGUUUCACCGAGCAGGUCAAGAUCGAGGAGCAACGUUUCCGUCAAUGGGAGCAGAAGCUCAUCUCCGAGCGCGACCGUCUCAACAAGGAUCUCGAGCAAACCCAUGCUCAGAUCAAGCAGCUCGAGCAAGAGCUGGAGCAGAUGCAAGGCAGCGCUGUCCGCAGCCACGGUCGCCGCUAA